AUGGCAGCGAAUGCGGUCAUCAAAUCCACGCGAGAGGAGGUGCUGAAAAAGUAUCCAACGCGAAAGCCCUUCGACUUGAAGAGCGUCUUCCGGUACGGCCGUACGACCCUGAAAAGGUGCUCAUGGGCAGUUGGAAGGCUGCCAAAUCCGGAGAACAGCUGCGCUGAUGUCAAGAAGGUCUUUGUGAACCACAUGGGCCUCUCCUGGAAAGAGGCGGCAGCUCUCAUGGGCGUGCACACCUUGGGUCGUGGCCACAAAGGGAAUUCCGGCUACGACGGCUGGUGGAGUGACUCGAAGAACAGCCGCAUGUUCAACAACGACUACUUUGUGAGCUUGGGUGCUAAAGGCUGGGGCCCAGACAAGAAAGUGGGCGGCAACGCGAUGAAGAACCAAUGGGUCCGAGUCGACAAAGGACUCAAGAAGGAGGAACGCACAGGGAAAGAGAUGAUGCUGAACACUGACAUGUGCUUGGUGUGGACAAACGAUGGCUCGGGAAAGGUGGACAUGAAUGCCAAGACAGCCCCCAAGUACGGCUGCAAUUGCGCCUGGAUCGGACCGCUAGAAGCCCCGAAUGGGUGGAAGAAGUACAAGGAUGGCGAGUUCUGCGGUUCAAAGAAUGUUCCGGACGACUUCAACGAAGGAUGGCCAAAGCCGCGACCCUAG